AUGCAGGGGGAUGAGUCUCGAGUUAUUUCAACCGGAGCAGGUUCGGACGAUGGUGUUCGGCGGUUUCGCAGCCCUGGAACGUUUGAUCCUGACAAGGAAGAUUGGAACCUCUAUGAGAUCAGGUUUCUAGCGGCUAUACGUGUGGCAAGAGUCACGGACGAUGCGGACAAGAGUGGACUUCUAAUUUCGUCGCUGAGUCCGGCAGUCUUCAAGCGGCUCUAUAACCUGCUGCAACCGAGGAACAUCAUGGAGGUACCUUUCAAGGAUCUUACUGCAACGUUAUCUGACCAUUUCACUCCGAAACGGUUCAAGGAGUUUGAGAGAUACAAGCUUUUCUCAAAUCGUCAAGAGGACGGUGAGUCAGUGAAGGAUUUCGUUGAGCGGUUGUCGGCAAUCAUUUCCCGCUGUGAAUAUGAAGGAGAGUCUGACGUCCGAGCAUGUUCCCUGAUGACAGCGUUCAUCGUAGGCCUCCGGGAUCAGCGCAUCCGCGCGCGACUUGUUCUGGAAAAGACCUUGACAAUGGACACAGCGAUCCGGCUCGCUGAAAGUUUUCUGGCCGCGGAGGAAGAGUCGAAGCAGUUGCAUGCAGAACCCUCUGUGCACAAGGUGACAGUCAAGCCGGAGAGCAAGGAACGAUGUUUCCGGUGUGGAAAUUCAAACCACUCGCAAGAAACGUGCAGAUUCCGCAACGAGGACUGUCACGCCUGUGGCAAAACCGGACACAUCUCGAAAAUGUGUCGUUCAUCCGCUUCACAGGGAACGCGGAAGAAAGGUAAACAUUUUCGGAAGGUGAAGCUUGUGACCGACGUGUUUCUUGCGGACGACCAAGACGGGAAGUUCAUUGCUUGUAGUAUCAAAGACAAGGACGUCAUCCUGCAGGUCGAUACGGGAUCGCGGGCAACACUUCUGGAUGAAAGGACGUUCAAGAGGUUGGGUGAGCCAGAGCUAUACCAAUCUCCGUACCGUCUUCGUGCUUUCAACAAGGACGAGAUACCACUUCGUGGAGCAGCAGAUCUCGAUGUUUCCAUAGGUGGAAGGGUAGAAAAGCUUCAGGCACUCUUUACCCGGAUGGAACAUACCAAUCUGCUUGGAAGGGAUUGGAUACGUGAGCUUGGCAUCGACCUCAACACAUUAUUCGUGGGCAAGAUAUUGACAGCUCCGAAGUUGGAAGGCGUCUUAGGAACGUACCCGGAUCUUUUUCGAAGCCAACUAGGAAGGUGCACCAAGGCUUUAGUCCACCUUCAUCUCAAGAAAGACGCUGAGCCGAAAUUCUUCAAGCCCCGGCCGAUCCCUUUUGCGUCUCGGGAAGCGGUUGAAGCUGACCUGCAACGGCAAGUACAGAAUGGGGUGCUGGAACCUAUCGAGGUGUCGGAAUGGGCCACUCCCAUUGUAGUGGUGCCCAAGCCAAAUGGAGCCGUACGAGUCUGCGGAGACUUCAGCGUCACUGUGAAUCCGCAGAUCGAAAUCGCACAGUACCCGUUACCUAGACCUGAAGAACUUCUGGCGACAUUAAAUGGCGGUGAAAAGUUCACGAAAUUAGACUUGUCCGAAGCAUACCUACAGAUGGAGCUGGACGAAGAAGCUAAGAAAAUCUUGGUGAUCAAUACUCACAAGGGCCUUUUUCAAUUCAAUCGAAUGCCCUUCGGCAUCGCAUCUGCCCCAGCCGUUUUCCAGCGUACCAUGGAACAGGUGAUCGCAGGGAUUCCUUCUGUAGCCUGUUAUCUCGACGACAUCAUCGUGACUGGCCGAAACGACAAAGAGCAUCUGGAAACCUUAGAGCAAGUUUUGUCACGUCUCCGCGAGUUCGGCUUCACUCUCAAGAGGGAGAAAUGUGCCUUCCUGCAGCGGCAGGUUGAGUAUUUGGGACACGUGGUUACUGCGGAAGGUUUCCGACCAUCACCCAAAAAAAGUAUCAGCGAUUCUGAACAUGCCACCGCCAACACAAGUUUCAGAACUGCGCUCAUUUUUGGGGCUGAUGCGUUUGAAACAAUCAAGAGGAAGCUCGCCUCCGCUGAAGUACUCACCCAUUAUGACCCACGGAAGGACAUAUUUCUGGCGGUGGAUGCUUCUUCGAAAGGUAUUGGGGCCGUCAUCUAUCAUCGCAUCAACGGCGAAGACCGACCGAUUGCGCACGCUUCGAAGACACUGACACCAGCCCAGACAAAAUAUGCUCAAAUAGAACGGGAAGCCCUUGCUAUUAUUUUUGGCGUCCGAAAAUUUCAUCAGUAUUUGUGGGGACGGAAGUUUACACUCUUCACCGACCACAAGCCGUUAACUGUAAUUUUUGGACCCUCAAAGGGCAUUCCCGCGACAACGGCGAGUCGUCUGCAACGGUGGGCCAUCAUUCUAAUGAGCUACGCGUUCGACAUACAGUUUAAAUCGACGACGAACAUCGCAAAUGCAGAUGGCCUGUCUAGGUUGCCCGAAGGCGCCGAUCUGGAGUUCGAUCAGCAAAUGGAAGAAGGUAUUUUCAACGUUGUGGACGAGGAGAUUAAUGCGGUGCAGGAUUUUCGCAUGCACACUCUUCCAGUCAGAGCUAAGCAGAUUGCUGAGGCGACUCUUCAGGAUCGAUACUUGAAGCAAGUAAAAGAGUACAUUGCAAGUGGCUGGCCCGAACGCGUAGAACAGGAGUUGGUUCCGUACUGGCAACGACGAGCUGAACUUACAACACACCGUGAGUGCGUUCUUUGGGGCCUACGCACCGUUAUACCUCAAAAGUAUCGCGCAGCCCUUCUGGAUACGCUCCACGAGUGUCAUAGCAAGAGGUUCCUGUGCCACUUCACCAAUGGGAGCCGCCGGAUAAGCCGUGGUAUCGUCUGCACGCAGAUUUUGCAGAGCUUCAUGGGAAGCAUUAUCUCAUAG